AUGGAAGUGUUAGACGAUAUAGAAGCUGCAUGCGUUAUGUUUGCAUUAUAUGAGGAACAUGAAAGUAAAAAACAGAAACCAAAUAAAGUAAAAAGACGACAUUGGGUCCAUCCACUUAAUCUGAAAAGACCUGAAAAUGGCCAGUUCCAGGUUACAUUUAUGACUCUGCGUAGCUAUCCAGAAGAGUUUAUGAAGUAUUAUCGUAUGUCGAUAACAUCGUUUGAUGAGUUGAUAUCGCUGGUAGGACCGAAAUUGUCAAAACAGCAUACUGGUUUGCGUGUGCCAAUAUCACCGGAAGACCGAUUCACCGUGACACUGAGGUAG